GGCAGCUUCCUUGGGUAACAUCCACACUGGAGGUGGUGUCCUUUCGUGCAGCACUUCAUUUGGGACACAGUUUGAAAAACACAGCACCUGUUCUAAUUCUCUUCCACAUGGGAAGCUUGCGAUUGCACUUUAUUUCACCUUUCCUUGUUUAUUAAGUGUGAAGUGGCCCUCUGGCUCCUGGGAAUUACGCACAAACUGAUUGUGAGUGGCCAGUGGAACAAACCCAUACAAGUCAUUUUGGUAUCUUUGGAGAUAUCAUAGUCAUAUGGUUAGAUCCCAUAUAGAUAGUGCAAGGUAUUAGUCUUCCUUUGGACCUGGUCUCCACUGUGUGCUCCAAAAAUAUUCUGUUCAGCGUGCACUUGCAGAAGUCUUUUCAAAGUUACUGUUGGUCAGUUGCAUGAUUGAAUCACAUCUUGGUUUGAAAGUCUUAGGCUGGUGAGAACAAGCUCAGUGACACAGAAAGCAUAUAUGAGGUGGGAAUUUUUCAACCAGAUCUGGUGUGAUUUCUUGCGACUUUAGAUAGGUGUUUAACAUGUCUGCCUCAGGUCACCAGAGGUUAGUGUUUGUCUUUAUUCUUAAAGGGUGUAUCCCCCCUUUCCCAAUAUUAGCAUUAACAGCAAAUCCCUUCAGCACAUGAGGAUUGCUUAUACUUCAAAUCCUUGAUGUGACUUGCAAACUAAGCUGGCAUAACUUAACGAUUUGGUUGCUAUUGGCCUAAGAAUGCAUGAUUAUUUUUAAAUUGCUAGGAGUUCAGAGCUAUGUAGGUUACAGUGGUACCUCUGGUUAAGAACUUAAUUCGUUCCAGAGGUCCGUUCUUAACCUGAAACUGUUCUUAACCUGAAGCACCCCUUUAGCUAAUGAGGCCUCCUGCUGCUGCUGCGCCGCUGGAGCACGAUUUCUGUUCUCAUCCUGAAGCAAAGUCCUUAACCUGAGGUAUUAUUUCUGGGUUGGUGGAGUUUGUAACCUGAAGUGUUUGUAACCCAACGUACCACCGUAUAGGUAUAGCUAAAUGGUGGAUGGAGACAUGGCUUAGCUUACUUAUGCUUCUGUGGCUGAUUAGGUUGCUUUCUAAGAUGGUUUGCUUCUUUCUGCACUUAAUGAACACUAUGGCUUUCUUUCUACAACUGGACUUGGAUGCUCGCUUCUUCAUUUGCUGCAGCUCCUCUGGCCACUGAGCACUUUCUCACCUCUUAAUGCUUGAGUCCUUUUUCCAUCACAGCAAUAUGUGGCCUCCUUCAAACUCCAGAAAGACUGGUGUUGGGCUUUGAUUCUGAUCAGUCUAUUAAGACAAUGGGGUAAUGUGUUCUAACUAGCAUUGCUGUUUGACUGUAUCUUGAGUUGCUUCCUCCAGAUUGUAAAUUUGCACGCUGUAUUUGGAGCCCCACUCUCCCAUCUGCUGCUGUGUGCUGGAAAGCUUCCUACCAGCACUGUCAUGUAAGUGCUGCUAAAAAUCUUUGUUUUGGACCUAUCCUUCCAGCAUUUGCAGUGCUCUGGCUGUCCUGCAGGUGGCUUUGCAUUAUCAGUCAAGUGGGCCAAGGCUGCUAUGGGCCUGACUCUUCAACUCCCAGGGCCUCCGACUUGUGUUGACCUGCAGUUGCUGCUAAAAUAGUUAAGACUGGAUGUGUGUUGGGAGACUUGGUGAAUGUUCUGACCUUUGCGCUCUUCAAUGUGUUAACACUCAGUGUUUGUUCCCCCAAUUUUGUAGAGCGAUUCUGUACCUUAUUCCCCUCAGAUGAAGGCCUGACAAUUGACAUGAAGAAUUUCCGAAAACCUGGUGAAAAGACCUUCACACAGAGAAGUCGCCUGUUUGUGGGGAACCUGCCCCCUGAUAUCACAUAAGAAGAGAUGAGGAAGCUGUUUGAAAAAUAUGGGAAGGCUGGAGAAGUCUUCAUUCAUAAGGACAAAGGUUUUGGCUUUAUCAGGCUGGAAACUCGGACUCUGGCUGAGAUUGCGAAGGUGGAGCUGGACAACAUGCCCCUGCGUGGGAAGCAGUUGCGUGUGCGCUUUGCAUGCCACAGUGCCUCACUGACUGUCAGGAACCUGCCACAGUUUGUGUCCAAUGAGCUGCUGGAGGAGGCCUUCUCAAUGUUUGGCCAGGUGGAGAGGGCUGUGGUCAUUGUGGAUGACAGAGGCAGACCUUCUGGGAAAGGCAUUGUAGAAUUUUCUGGAAAGCCGGCUGCUAGAAAAGCCCUGGACAGAUGUAGUGAGGGUUCCUUCUUGCUAACCACGUUCCCUCGACCUGUGACUGUGGAGCCCAUGGAUCAGUAUGAUGAUGAAGAGGGACUGCCAGAAAAACUUGUCAUCAAAAACCAACAAUAUCACAAAGAGCGUGAGCAACCUCCCUGUUUUGCACAGCCUGGUUCCUUUGAGUACGAGUAUGCUAUGCGUUGGAAGGCCCUGAUUGAGAUGGAGAAGCAGCAGCAAGAGCAGGUGGACCGCAACAUCAAAGAAGCACGGGAGAAGCUGGAGAUGGAAAUGGAGGCAGCUCGUCAUGAGCAUCAGGUCAUGCUCAUGAGGCAAGACUUAAUGAGGCGCCAGGAAGAACUCAGGAGAAUGGAGGAGCUGCACAACCAGGAGGUGCAGAAGCGUAAACAACUGGAACUCAGGCAAGAGGAGGAACGCAGGCACCGUGAGGAAGAGAUGAGGAGGCAGCAGGAAGAGAUGAUGAGGCGGCAAGAAGGAUUUAAGGGGCCCUUCCCUGAUGCGAGGGAGCCUCCAGAUAUGCGAAUGGGACAGAUGGGUAUGGGAGGUGCGAUAGGCAUGAACAACCAAGGGACAAUGGGAGCUACCAGUGUUCCGGCAGGGCCACCACCUGCAGCUGGUCCUGGGCCAAUGAUUCCUGAUGGAGCCAUGGGAAUGACUCCACCGCCACCCGCUGAUCGCUUUGGCCAGGGCGCUGCAAUGGAAGGACUUGGAACUAUGGGAGGAAACACGCCGGGAUUCAACAGAGGAGCUCCUGGGGGGGACUUUGGCCCAAACAAGCGUCGCCGAUACUAAGGGGAGGGAGGCGUGUCCAGUGUCUUGCCCAUUCCAUCGGGACAACCCUUAGGGGCUUCCCUUGGGCAUCUGGGGUCUGGCCAUGGCAAAAGGGCACCCAGCCAGAUUUGUAAAGGGUUUAGUCGAUGCCACAAGGUGCAUUCCUGCAAAAUGCAAUGUGAAAAUUGAUCCCAGGAGGCUUUACUAGCUGUGUAGUGUGAGAGGUCAGGUUAGGACCUUGAUGUCUCUCCCAUUCCCAAGCACCACAACACAGGUUCAGCCCCCAGCUAACUCAGCUGCCAUUGGAGGCCUGUUCUGCCUUCAGGCAGCUCUCUGGAUAUAUUUUUCCAGGGCAGUAGAGCAGGGCCUGUGAGUCUGUAAAUGUCUGUAGCUUCAAACGACUUAUCAUGUGGGGGACGGGGGAAUAGUUUUUUUAAAGAAUAAACUUUUAGCUUUUUACUUUUCUCCUCUGGACCAUUUUUUCCUUUAUUGUAGCUCGCUGGUGCAGCCAGGAGGGCCAGGUUAGUGGUGGUGGUGAUAUGGAGAUGACUUAUUCAAUGUGUUGUACCAUUUUAAAAAAACAAAACUUUUUUUUUUACUGGUAGAAAAGUACAAUCUAUUGGAAAAAUUAAAGUUUCCUGUUGAAGAUUCAAGUUGAAGCAAUUGUUCGUAUAACCCUAACUUUGCCUGUCUUGUGUAGAAGUAUGAGACUUUCUUUAUGUGAACCUGAGUUGUAAUCGUCCACUAACAGGUUGAGUUUGUCUGAAGAUUGUUACAGGAAUGCAUUAUUAAAAGGAAUUUUAAGCCUUUUU